UCUGCUGGAGUUGUCCCUGAAGAAGCUGGCCAUCAGAUUUGGGAAAUCCUGGAAUGACUUGGAUGACUUCAAGCGGAUCUUUUGGAAACUCCGAAGCCCCAUCGCUGAGUACUGCAUGGAGCACUGGAAGGAGGACUGGUUCUUUGGUUACCAGUGUCUGAAUGGCUGCAACCCAAGGAUGAUCCAGAGGUGUCAGAAGCUGCCAGAGAACUUCCCCGUCACAGCAGAUAUGGUGCAGAGCUCCAUGGCCUCAAAAACAACUCUGAACAAAGAACUCCAGGCUGGAAACAUCUACCUGUUGGACUACAGCAUCAUGGAUGGGAUUCCUGCCAACACAAUAAAAGGAAAACUUCAGUACAUCGCUGCUCCAAUCUGCCUUCUGUACCAACACCCAGAUGAUGGACUGAUACCCAUCGCCAUUCAGCUGGAGCAGAGUCCUGGUUUGGAAACGCCGAUAUUCCUGCCCAAAGAUGCCCCCCUGGCCUGGCUGUUUGCCAAGAUGUGGGUUCGACACUCAGAGUUUCAGGUCUUCCAGCUCCUGUCCCACCUGCUUCGGACCCACCUGGUUGUGGAGGUGUUCUGUGUGGCCACCCUCAGACAGCUGCCUGCUGUUCACCCCAUUUACAAGCUCCUUGCUCCUCAUCUACGCUACACGCUGGAGAUAAACUGCAGAGGGCGCACUCAGCUCAUCUCUGCCAACGGCAUCUUCAAACGAGUUGUGUCCACAGGCGGUGACGGCCUGCUGAUUCUGGCCCAACGGGAGUACAAGGUGCUGACCUACCGCUCUCUUCAGCCCCACUAUGACUUCAGUGACAGGGGCGUUUCCCAGCUGCCAAACUAUUUCUACAGAGAGCAUUCACUGAUGCUGUGGGAGGCAGUCCACAGUUUUGUCUCCAGUAUGGUGAACCUGUACUACCACACAGACCAGGAUGUGCAGAAGGACCCAGAGCUGCAGGCCUGGAUCAGAGACAUUUCACUGGAAGGUUUCACCGAGCUUCCCAGCUUUGGUCUGGCAAGUAGUCUGAGCAGUAGAGAAGAGCUCUCCACCCUCUUAGCUGUGGCCAUUUUCACCAGCACAGCUCAACAUGCUGCCACUAACAACGGACAGUUUGACUGGUGUGCCUGGGUCCCCAACACCCCCUGCACCAUGAGACUGCCCCCACCAGCAGAUAAGGAUGACGUUACCAUGGAGAGAAUCAUGGCCACCCUCCCUGAUGUCAGCCAGUCCUGCGUACAGAUGGCCAUCACCUGGCAUCUGGGACGGGCCCAACCCGACGCGAUUCCUUUGGGUCAGUACACAGAAGACCAUUUCACUGAGGAAGAAGCCCUGGAGGUGGUUGACAGCUUCAGAACGAAGCUGAAGGAGAUCGAGAACUACAUCCUGGAUCAGAAUGCCGGGCUGGACCUGCAGUACCUUUUCCUCCUGCCCAGCCGUGUGGAAAACAGCAUCACUAUUUAGAAAGCAGGCCUCCUGGGUGUCUGACUCCACAUGUUAACUUUGACUUAAAUUCUCCUCUCAUCUCCUGUUUAGUCUUCAGACGACCAAGACCAGUCAGUGUAUUAGUGCACAUGAGAUCAGAACCACCAUGAGGGGCCGCAGGAACCAGACCCAGGUCCUGUGUAAAUGUUAGCCUCAUCACAUCAGUAGAUUUCAUUAAACACGACAGCUGUAGGUGUGUGCAGUAAGACUGAUUUGUUUCUGUGCUUCCUGUCCAUGGUAGAGGUUUCUUUACGGGUUUAUUAGACGUCCUUUCUUUGUGGACCUCUUCUGUCCUCCUUUCCUUAGACCUCCCUUAAACCCGUAAAGAAAUCACUUGCGUCUGUGUUGCUUGGAGGGAAUCACAGUGAAACUCGUUGGCUGUUUUGCUUAAAACACAAAGGGAAUCCAUCUGUCUUCCUUUAAGUCCUUUUAUUCUUUAUUCCUUUGGCAAUGUAUUGAAUUUCUGUCCGUUCUCUGCUAGCUGCUUGCCAGCACUUCAUCCAGGUUCUGCGUGUCCCUCACACCUGGCUUGUAUUCAUCAAAUUAAGGGUGUGGCUGGCAGAGCAGCUCAUGUAGCUUUUCAAAAUAAAAUUACAGGAAACCUAACCAACCCAGUGUCUUACAAAUGGGAAAAUAAAUAAAUGAAGAAAUAAACAGCAACAGCAGUUACAGUGCUCCUGCAGGACAUUCCCAACCUCCUGAAUGACAUCUGUUCUCCUGUAAAGACUGAACGGUCAGCAGCAGGAAACUGCUGCAGCUCAGAGGCCGUGAGGUCAGAUCAAGUGACCUGGGGUAUGGGAUACCAAAACCAGAAAAGGUCCAUCUUGAGGGCGGAGCAACACCAAUCAGCCACAAAAGCAUGUCCCAAAUAUGCCUCUAGUUCAUUAAGUCUGUUAAUUGAGACCCUGAAGAUCUAUUAAGAUGACUGGGACCAGAGAAAACCCUCACACUAACCUAGUAUCUCACUGG